AUGCCUGAAGCUGCACCUGUUGAACAACCUUCCAUUGACAUGGAGGCAUUGUCACAAAAGAAACCCGAAGAAACCUCGUUUUCUGAACUGGGAAUCAUUCCUCAACUGAGUGAAGCUUGUGAAAAGUUGAAUUUCAAACACCCAACCGAGAUUCAAAAGGAAUCGGUCCCAUGGGCAUUGGAAGGUCGAGACAUUAUUGGUUUGGCCCAGACUGGUUCUGGUAAAACUGCAGCAUUUGCUUUGCCAAUCAUUCAAAAGCUUUGGGACAACCCGCAAGCCUUUUUCGCCUGUGUCAUGGCACCCACCAGAGAAUUAGCAUACCAGAUCUCAGAGACGUUUGAAGCGCUUGGAUCCAUCAUUGGCGUCCGCUGCGCCGUCAUUGUCGGUGGUAUGGACAUGAUGACCCAAUCCAUCGCUCUUUCGAAACGCCCACACAUUAUUGUCUGUACACCCGGUCGUCUCCAGGAUCAUCUCGAGAACACAAAAGGAUUCAACCUGCGCAGCCUCAAGUAUCUUGUCAUGGAUGAAGCCGAUCGAUUGCUGGACAUGGAUUUCGGUCCCAAAAUUGACCAGAUCCUCAAAGUGAUUCCCCGCGAACGCAACACAUUUCUGUUCUCGGCGACCAUGACGACCAAGGUCGCCAAGCUUCAGCGUGCCAGUUUGUCGAAACCUGUCAAGGUCGAAGUCGCCACGAAAUACUCGACUGUCAAGUCCCUGUUGCAGUACUACAUGUUCUUCCCAUUGGCUCACAAGGAUUGGUAUUUGGUCUAUUUGCUGAAUGAGCUGGCCGGUAACUCGACAAUUAUCUUCACGCGCACUUGCAACGACACCCAAAAGAUUGCCUACAUGCUGCGAAAUUUGGGUAUGGGUGCAGUAUGUUUACAUGGUCAGAUGCAGCAGAAACAACGUCUUGGUGCAUUGAAUCACUUUAAGGCUGGCUCAAAGAGCAUUCUUGUCGCUACUGAUGUAGCAAGCAGAGGUCUUGAUAUUCCUUCCGUCGAUAUUGUCAUCAACUAUGACGCUCCCCUAUCCUCCAAAGAUUAUAUCCAUCGUGUCGGUCGUACAGCCCGUGCAGGUCGAUCCGGCAAAUCCAUCACUUUUGUCACCCAAUACGACGUCGAAUUGAUUCAGCGCAUCGAAAAGGAUUUGGACCGUAAGCUCGACGAGUUCCCUAAUGUCGAUAAGAAUGAUGUCAUGCUGCUUCAGGAACGUGUCAGUGACGCCCAGCGUAUGGCCACACUGGAACUCAAAGAAAAGGGUGGUGCACGAGGCUCCAAACGCGGACGUCGAGAUGGUGACGAUGAUGGUGAAGAUCGUGAGGAGAAGAUUGGCUUACCGAUAAAGAAAGGCAAGGGUGGCGGCAACAAGCGAAGACGAUAA